AACUAUAAACUACAAACAACUCAUAACGAGAUUGUAGCAAACAAAAGCGAAAGUGUAUUUAACACAGUGAUACAAUUAUUUGCAAAGUAUUAUUAGAGUUAAAAUUAAAAUUGAAAAGUUUCAAGUGAAUAAGAAUAAGCAAAACACAAAACACAAGACAAAAUGGUAGCAAUUGGUAUUGAUUUGGGAACAACAUACUCUUGUGUUGGAGUCUUCCAGCACGGCAAAGUGGAGAUCAUAGCCAAUGACCAGGGCAACCGUACAACACCCAGCUAUGUGGGCUUCACAGACUCGGAACGUCUUAUUGGUGACGCAGCAAAGAACCAGGUUGCUAUGAAUCCAACGAACACAGUAUUCGACGCGAAGCGAUUGAUUGGACGUAAUUAUGACGACCCGAAAAUCAGAGAAGACGUCAAACAUUGGCCAUUUAAAGUGGUGAGCGUGGCUGGAAAGCCGAAAGUCUGCGUCGAAUACAAAGGAGAGAGCAAACGAUUUGCACCAGAAGAAAUUAGUUCAAUGGUUCUGACAAAAAUGAAGGAGACCGCUGAGGCAUAUCUGGGCUCAACAGUGACGGACGCAGUCAUCACAGUACCUGCAUACUUCAAUGACGCACAGAGACAAGCUACUAAGGAUGCCGGUCGAAUUGCAGGUUUGAAUGUGCUGAGAAUCGUUAACGAACCCACAGCAGCCGCCUUGGCCUAUGGCUUGGACAAGAAUCUCAAAGGGGAACGUAAUGUGCUGAUUUUCGACUUGGGUGGUGGUACCUUCGAUGUGUCCAUAUUGACAAUAGACGAAGGUUCACUAUUUGAAGUACGUGCCACCGCUGGUGACACUCACCUUGGCGGUGAAGAUUUCGACAACCGACUGGUGAACCACUUGGCGGAUGAGUUCAAGCGGAAAUAUAAGAAAGAUCUACGUUCGAAUCCAAGAGCGUUGCGUCGUCUACGUACAGCAGCUGAGCGAGCGAAGCGUACCUUGUCAUCGAGUACAGAGGCCACCAUCGAAAUCGAUGCACUCUUCGAAGGAAUCGACUUCUACACAAAAGUGUCGCGAGCCCGCUUCGAGGAGUUGUGCGCCGAUUUGUUCCGUCAAACCUUGGAGCCAGUGGAGAAGGCGUUGAAUGACGCGAAGAUGGACAAGAACCAGAUACAUGAUAUCGUACUAGUUGGUGGUUCCACACGUAUUCCAAAGGUGCAGAGUCUAUUGCAGUCAUUCUUCUGUGGCAAGAGCCUGAAUCUGUCAAUCAAUCCGGACGAGGCGGUGGCAUAUGGUGCAGCCAUCCAAGCAGCUAUUCUGAGUGGAGACAAGAGCAGUGAGAUUCAGGAUGUACUGUUGGUCGAUGUAGCGCCACUUUCCUUGGGUAUCGAAACGGCUGGCGGUGUUAUGGCUAAAAUCAUUGAACGCAAUUGUCGGAUUCCAUGCAAACAAACGCAAACAUUCUCCACAUAUUCCGACAACCAAACGGGCGUCACAAUCCAGGUGUAUGAAGGUGAACGUGUCAUGACGAAGGACAACAAUCGUUUGGGCACUUUCGAUCUAUCAGGAAUACCACCAGCACCACGCGGAGGGCCACAGAUUGAAGUAACAUUUGAUAUGGACGCUAAUGGUAUUCUAAAUGUUUCGGCGAAAGAAAUGAGUUCAGGAAAUGCCAAGAACAUCACCAUCAAGAACGACAAGGGACGUCUAUCACAAGCCGAAAUCGAUCGUAUGGUCAACGAGGCUGAGCGCUAUGCCGAAGAAGAUGAACGGCAACGCAAUAAGAUCGCGGCAAGAAACAACUUGGAAAGUUACGUGUUUGGUGUGAAGCAGGCAUUAGACGGUGCUGGUGAUAAACUCAACGCCCAGGAGAAGAGUGAAGCACUGAAGGCUUGUGAAGACACAAUCAAGUGGCUCGAUGCGAACACGUUGGCCGACAAGGAAGAGUACGAAGACAAAAUGAACACAUUGACCAAGCUUUGUACACCAAUUAUGACGAAAUUGCACAAUGGCGGACAAGGAGCGUCUUGUGGCCAACAAGCAGGUGCAUUCAAUAGUGGACGCACUGGCCCCACUGUUGAGGAAGUAGAUUAAGAUGUAAUUAAGUAUAGAUCUCUGUAGCUUAGUGGCUAGCUUGUAAGAAAUUAGUGGAGUGUUAUUUAGUUUCUAGAGAAAACUGUUUGUAAAACAGAAAGACUGAAAAUAUAGAACAUGGAACAAAUUAUUAAUAAUUGAAAA